CCCGUGUGUGCGUGUGUGUGCGCAGGGCGGGCGACCCCGCCGCGGGCCGGAGGCCGAGUCAGCCAGCGGCCUGCCCCGCCGCCGGGAGCCCGCCUCUUUGGGCCUCCCUCCCUCCCGUCCCGGUCCCCCUCCUCGGGGCCUUCUAUAUGGGCCACCUUCUCUCGAAGGAGCCGCGUAACCGCCCGAGCCAGAAGAGGCCUCGCUGUUGCAGCUGGUGCCGCCGCCGGCGCCCUCUCCUCAGGCUGCCCCGCCGGACCCCGGCCAAGGCGCCCCCUCAGCCGGCGGCGCCCCGGAGCCGGGACUGCUUCUUCCGCGGGCCCUGCAUGCUCUGCUUCAUCGUGCACAGUCCCGGCGCGCCCGCCCCCGCCGGCCCAGAGGAGGAGCCGCCGCUCUCGCCGCCGCCGCGGGACGGGGCCUACGCCGCCGCCGCCGCCGCCGCCGCCGCCUCCUCUCAGCACCUGGCGCGGCGCUACGCGGCCCUGGCCGCCGAGGACUGCGCCGCCGCCGCCCGCCGCUUCUUGCUGUCCCCCGAAGCCGCCGCCGCCGCCGCCGCCGCCUCGGCUUCGUCGCCCGCCUCCUGCUGCAAAGAGCUGGGGCUGGCCGCGGCCGCCGCCUGGGAGCAGCAGGGCCGAAGCCUCUUCUUGGCCAGCGUGGGGCCCGUGCGCUUCCUGGGGCCGCCAGCCGCCGUGCAGCUCUUCCGGGGGCCGACGCCGCCGCCGCCGGCCGAGCCCCCCACGCCCCCUGAAAUGGUGUGCAAGCGGAAGGGGGCCGGGGUCCCCGCCUGCACCCCCUGCGAGCCCCCUGAAAACCCCUGCGACUGUCUCAGGGAGCCGCCCCCCGAAACCCCAGACAUCAACCAGCUGCCGCCGUCCAUCCUGCUCAAGAUAUUUUCCAAUUUGUCCUUGGAUGAGCGUUGCCUUUCUGCAUCAUUGGUUUGCAAGUAUUGGCGUGACCUUUGUUUAGAUUUCCAGUUUUGGAAGCAACUGGAUCUUAGUAGUCGUCAGCAGGUCACUGAUGAAUUAUUGGAAAAAAUUGCAUCAAGAAGUCAGAAUAUAAUUGAAAUCAACAUUUCUGAUUGUCGCAGUAUGUCUGAUACUGGAGUAUGUGUUCUAGCAUUUAAGUGUCCUGGACUUCUUAGGUAUACAGCCUAUAGGUGUAAACAACUUUCUGACACCUCUAUUAUUGCGGUUGCCUCUCAUUGUCCUUUACUUCAGAAAGUGCAUGUAGGCAACCAGGACAAACUUACUGACGAAGGACUCAAACAGCUGGGCUCAAAAUGCAGAGAACUCAAAGAUAUUCAUUUUGGCCAGUGUUACAAGAUCUCAGAUGAAGGCAUGAUCGUCAUAGCUAAGGGCUGUCUGAAGUUACAAAGAAUAUACAUGCAGGAAAACAAACUUGUGACAGAUCAGUCAGUGAAAGCAUUUGCUGAGCACUGUCCUGAACUUCAGUAUGUUGGCUUCAUGGGUUGUUCAGUCACUUCUAAAGGAGUCAUUCACCUAACCAAGCUAAGAAACCUUUCCAGCUUGGACCUACGUCAUAUCACUGAACUGGAUAAUGAAACUGUGAUGGAAAUUGUCAAGAGGUGCAAAAAUCUUAGCUCUCUCAAUCUCUGUCUGAACUGGAUCAUAAAUGACAGGUGUGUGGAGGUCAUUGCAAAGGAAGGACAAAACCUGAAAGAGCUGUAUUUGGUGUCCUGUAAAAUCACAGAUUAUGCACUGAUAGCCAUUGGACGAUACAGCAUGACAAUAGAGACUGUGGAUGUUGGAUGGUGUAAAGAAAUUACAGAUCAAGGAGCCACCCUGAUUGCACAGAGCAGCAAAUCUCUGAGAUAUUUGGGACUGAUGAGAUGUGAUAAAGUCAAUGAAGUGACAGUGGAGCAGCUGGUGCAGCAGUACCCCCACAUCACCUUCAGCACUGUUCUGCAGGACUGCAAGAGGACCUUGGAGAGAGCCUAUCAAAUGGGCUGGACCCCCAACAUGUCCGCUGCCUCCUCCUAACGCUCCUGCCCGUGUGUAAUCACUCAGACCAUUCAGCGGGUUAGAGGAGAAUUGUACAUUUGGGAUGGGCAAUAUCUUGGAAAGGUUUUAGCUGUCACCCAUCUGCGUAUGUACUGGAAUAUAUAUAUUUGUGUCUCGUUUGCGUACUGUGUACCAUAAGUGGAGUUGUCAUUUGUUCCCAGGUGAGCUGGCUUUUUUUCCCCUAAAGAUUAUGAAAGCCACAGACCUUUUAGUUUUUAAGUUCAAAAGCUUAUUUUUCAAAAAUAUUUCAAAUAUGGGGUCAAAAAAUCAGAUGCAUUAUUUGAGCUUCUAAUUGCUGCCUCUUGGAGAUGUCCAAAAAAGAAGGCCUUCUUUUUUUCAUGGGAUAGAAUUGUGCGCUUCUACUGGUGACAACCAGAACAGAAGUGAUAUUGCACUGAUUAGAAGCCUGGAAACCAGUCCUUUUCAAAAUGCCAAGUACACACACAAAUAGAGGCACUCCCACUCUCAUGUACUUGCAUACGUGUAUGCACACAUACACCAGGACAGUGUCUUUCUAGAUCACUUCCUGACAGAGGGGCCUACCUCCAGGCCACUGAGGGAACAUGUCAUCUACUCUGGCCCUGCCUAACUCGGUGUAUCCAUGGGUGGCCAAAUUGCUAUCUGGUGGGUAACUUAGGGACUAGAAAGAAUAAAGCCUUUCGUAAAUUUUUUAUAUGGAGGCAACAAUCUGAACUCCCCUGGCCAGCUCACAAAAGUUAAUUAUUCAUUAUUCUACAAAUGCAUUCUGUUGAGUACUAAAUAUUUUAGUUGGUUUUACAUUAACAUUGUGUUAGCUUUUAUUUUGCAGAUAGUAACUGGUCGGGAUAUAUUUUAAUGAUAUUUGAAGCUAAUCUGAACAUUGAAGCCACCAAUGUAAUUAAUGGUGUGCAGUUAUUUAAAAAAAAACUACAGAUCAUUUCAUUAUUUUCUUAAUUUUGGUAAUUAUGAAAAUCUAUUUCUAAAAUUUGGAGGUAGUCACAUUAAUAGAAGAUUAAUGAGUGAGAUAUAAGUAGACAAUCUUUCUACUGAAUUUUUGUUUCUUUUGCUUUGAGUUUUUGAACAGGUUUUUUGGAUAUAUGCAUGUUAUCAUUUUUUGAAUAGUUCUUAUGCUACUGCAAAGAUAUCUAUUGCUAGCUGAUAUAUGAGUUAAGAAGGGAAAUUAGAAAAUCUGUUCAUUAAGAUUCUGUUUACACUUGUCAGAUAUACACAUUUCUUUGUUUAAUUAAACGCUGCCAGCUUCAGUUAAGAAAAUACCUAUCAGUAAAUGAAUAUAUGUUUUAACACAUCUUAACAAUUAAUUCAUAAUGGGGACUCAGGCUCAAAUAACCUUUCCUGUGUCUGUUUUUAUAAUCAAGGCAUCAGGGAGCCUUUUUAAGCUAAAGUGUGAUUCUCUUUCACUGUAGAAUUAGAAAUAAACCCCAACUUGUGAAUUUGCUAUUUAUUCUUCCCUGAGUGGACAUAACUGUUAUUUGGUCUUCAACAGAUAUACUGAGGUUUGAGUUUCACUUUCUGUAAAUCCUAAUGUCACUAACAUGAUGCUAGCUGUAAGAAACAAAAGAUAGGUUUACAGCUGAAUGCCAUUCACUUAUUUAUAAUGAUUUCUUUUUUGUAAACACCUUUUUUCUUUGAUUAUGUCAACAUGUUUCUGAUGUGGCAUUUUUGUUUUUAAUCCCAAUCAGUUAGGAAAAUCUAAUCAGUAAGCACCAAGAGUAUUUUUCCUAUAAUUAAAUGGGCUUCUAAUUUAAUUUAAAGGGAAUAAAAUUUGUGUAAGGAAAGAGCUGAUUUACAUUAAUAAACUAUAUUUCUUCUUACACAUUGAACUGUAUCAUUUUCAUAUCUACUUCUCCACCACCGAAAAAUCUUAUUUCAUAAUAUUUUAACUGAUUUUUAAUCCAAAACUAAUUUAUAAGACAGUAUGUAUAGUAAUAGUAGCUUGAGUGAAUAAGCAAAAGUUUAAUUUUUAUAUGUCAUACUAUAUUUUAAAUAGUUAAAAAAGACAAAAGAAAGGAGAGCCAUCUAUGAUAUAGAUGGUACCAUUUCAGUUCAAACUUGUAAUAAUCUUUGGAGUGUUACAAUUUGGUUGUCAAAUGGUUUCAGAGUGUAUAAUUGACUUUUUUAAUGUUGCAGUGUUUGAAUCUAAAGUACAGCACUAUAACAUGCUUAAUCCUGGGGGGUGGGGUGGGGUGGGGACUUGCACUUAUUCUCUAAGAUGUUGACUAAUCCAGAAAGCCUGAUGCAACAUAACCUGGAAAACUGCUUUGGUACAUUUGUAGAAAUCUAUGGAAAUGUCAUAUCCAGCCUCAAAGCAUUAAUCUCAAAAAACAGCCAGAAAAAGCAUCACCUUGAGUGAUUCUGUGAUGGUUGUUGAAUGUGUUCAUUAGAUGCUUUGAAAUGAGGCUUAAAAUAAUCUUUCUGGGCAAUAUAGAGUUUCUUUUUUUGCUUAGAAUGUCAUAAAUACAUGUGAACACAUUUAAUGCAGGGCUUUUCAUCCUCUCCAAAAUGUCAACAGUAUUUUCAGAAUAAAGACUAUGAAAUAUAUUGCUGUAGUGGAAAAUUCUGGUCCUUUGUCUUUAAUGUCUUUUUGAGUGGAUAAAGAGCAUUCACCCAGUUUGUAGUUUCUAUAUUUCUGUGAAUCUUUGACCUUGCAAUGGGUUGCAAUAAAAGAGAAACAAAACA